AGUCCGUCCUGAGUGCUGUGUGUGAGUGUGCGGCGCGGAGCGGGGAUCUGUACAGGUAGUCCGGGAACCUACCUUCCAUCCGCCCACCUACCUCCACAGACACCAUAUCUCUCCUCCCCGGGGCAGAGAGCGAGGCACAGCCUGGGUUGGUGGCAGUGAUCAACAUGGUUCCUGAAGAAAGUUAUGGAAUACCAGACAAAUGUUGCAGGACUCCACGACCUGCGAGACGGCAUCAGCAGGAUGACAAACUGAACCAGGAGAGGCCAGGUCUAAUGGGAGAGCCCACCAUCCCAAUCCAGAGUCAGCCAUUUGCUAAUAAAUACACCAUGUCACCGGGACAUGAACUGGGAAGAGGAAAGUUUGCUGUGGUGAGGAAAUGCGUGGAGAAAGAAACCGAUAAAGAGUUUGCAGCCAAAAUCAUGAGAAAACGGCGAAAGGGUGAAGACUGUCGCAUGGAGAUCCUUCACGAGAUUGCAGUAUUGGAGCUGGCUAAGGACAGCCCAUGGGUCAUCAAGCUUCAUGAAGUUUACGAAACAAACUCGGAGAUGAUCCUUGUGCUCGAAUUUGCUGCUGGUGGUGAAAUCUUCAACCAGUGUGUGGCAGAAAGGGAAGAGGCCUUUAAAGAGAAAGAUGUCCGGAGACUGAUGAGGCAGAUAUUAAAAGGGGUCUCCUUUCUCCACCGUCAUAAUCUGGUGCAUCUGGAUUUGAAGCCCCAAAACAUUCUACUGACCAGCAGUUGCCCACUAGGUGACAUUAAGAUUGUUGACUUUGGGCUUUCAAGAAUAGUGAAUAACAAUGAGGAAUUAAGAGAAAUUAUGGGAACCCCAGAAUAUGUUGCUCCUGAAAUUCUUAGUUAUGAGCCCAUUAGCACAGCAACAGAUAUGUGGAGUAUUGGUGUCCUAGCAUAUGUAAUGCUCACUGGCACCUCUCCUUUCUUGGGAGAUGAUAAACAGCAAACGUUCCUGAAUAUUUCUCAGCUGAACAUUAGUUACAUGGAUGAAGAAUUUGAUGGAAUAUCAGAAUCUGCAAUUGAUUUCAUCAAAGCACUUUUAGUUCGGGAGCCUGAAGGUCGGGCCACUGCAGAAGAUUGUCUUCAACAUCCAUGGUUGACCGGGGGUGACCUUCCUGAUCCAUAUGCCAGUACCAUGAAUGCAGUUCCAGAAAGAAAUUCAGUUGCACAAGAAUUGGAAGAAGAUGGUACAACAAGCAGUUCUUCAGAAAGCAGUCCACUUCUGCCAGAUAUUGAAGGACAGACUGUAACGGAGGAGCUAAUAGUCAUGGCUUCCUACACAUUGGGACAAUGUAGACAAACUGAAAUGGAGAAGCAAACCGAAACAAAGGCCAUUACAAAACGCUUCAAGUUUGAGGAGCCUAUACUGCAAGAGAUAUCUGGAGAUUUUAUUUACUAAACUUCAGCACUUGGAACUUUGUGGCUGGAUCAAAGCUUGGUUUUUGCCCUUCUUUAUUGGAGUUAUUGAGUCGCUUGAUAAAUCAAGAGUGAUAUUCUGUAUGCCUCCGCAUAAGGAAGCAACAAACUGGUUGUCAUGGCAAUAUGAAUGCAAUUCAGCUGUGCCAUGUUAAUCUCACAGAUUAUCUAGAUCUGUCUGCAUGUUUAUGCAAGUGUUUUUGUUUAGGAUUUUUUUUUUUUUUUUAUGUGGUGCUUAGAUGCCAUACUGCUAUGCACAAACAGUUGUGGGUUUUUUUGAAAUGGAGGAUUUUUGUGGUCAUUUUAAAAUGGUUAAUCAGCAUUCCUUUACCUGGAGUUGAAUGUCUCAAAGCAGAGUUCCAAUUUAUUAAAGAAGAUUUAAAAAAAAAACCCCUCAAACUGUAAAUUGUAAUCUUUCUGUGUGGAAGAUUGAAGAGGGGAGUUGUUGUAAGCUUUUCAUUAAUGUAGGCCACAAAAGACCAGUAUGAAAGAGUAGAGAUGGAGAUUUUUAUUUUAACUUUAUUUUUAUGGCCUAAAUAACCACAUCUUACUAGUAACGGAAUACACUCCAAUGUCAUCAGUCUAAAAAGAUUUAAAAAAGAAAACAAACUUUGAAAUGGUAAAACCAAGCCUCGACAUACACUUUGACAGUCAAUGGUAGUUGAUAAUUAAAUGAAACCUGAAAAUCUUUCCAGGACACCGUUUUACAAAAAAAAGAAAUGUUGACAAUUUGAAACUAAUGAAUGAUUAACCGUUUUAAAAUACACCUAUUAUCAGUUAUAAGCUUGGCACAUGAAUUGCCAUUUGUGCAUGUGCCAAAACAGAGGGCCUGGGAAGCAUUUAUUUGCAUAUCAACAAGCACAUGCAAAAUUGUUUAUCAUUUUUUUUUUCUUUCUAUUCGUCUUGUUUUUCUAUCUGUCUGACAUUCUUCACAUAGUGCUUGAACUCCCACCAUCAUUUUCUGUUAUGAAAGUAAAAACAAGCACUCCUUGCCCAGUAAAUGUAUGGAUCUCUUUGCCAUGCUUUGGGUUGGGUACAAUUUUUGAGUUGGUUAUGGGAUGGUCCACAUUUCUAUGAAGACCUCUGCUGUGAAAUCACUCCAGUAAUUGUGUGGUGGUGAACCUUUCAAUUUCUUGAUAUUCAUACUAACAAUGUGUUCAGUUCCUCAUGAUCCACUUUUUGUUUGAGUUGUGGUUAAAAUAGAGUACCCCAAGAGCAGCCAGAUGAUCCAGGAACAAAUAUUUGCACUAUAAUGGAUUAUUGAAUAGAAAACCUUUUUAUCCUUUAAGAGUAGCUUGGUGUUCAAACUCAUCUAAUUUUUGCCUCAUACAAUGUUCAACUUUUUGGAGCGCACACACAGUUAAAUUAGGGGGUUAAAUCUUUUGUACAUUCACUAUGCACCAGUAAACUAUUUUGCUUAAAUGUAGGACUUUGAUUGUAGCUUACUUUGAGGAGUUUUAUAUUGCUGUGAUUCAGAGUUGCUUAGAAAAUCUGUCUGCUGGGUAAAACCUAUUCUAUAUCUCAAUGCUUCCAGGAAUGCUUAGAAUCCAUCUUUCAGUUGUCAAAGUGCCUUCAAUUCAUAGUCUGAUGGUCACUUCUUUGAGAUUUUGCUCACAUCCAUAAAUGUGUAACUCAAGUACCCUGACCAAUACAGGAGUUCCAUUACUUUGGGUAGUACUCGUGCAGAAGCAAUAUAUUAAAGUACUGCCUGUGUACGCAAGUCUCAAACGAUGAAUGCUAAAACCAUAGCAAAUUCCACCUACAGUUUUCUAGAAGCAAUCUCUUAGGUGUGUUGAUACCUUGGCUACAGGCAAAGUUCUAUUACCAUCUAAUGACGCCAGUUCAGAGCUUUUUGUUUGUUUGGCAUAAUUCUUAUUGGCUGCAGUGAGGCAGAAAGCUGUUGAAGAUCUUGGCUUUUGCUGUAGUUUGAAUCCGUGUCAUAUGUGAAAUGUCUAAAGUGCUAUUUUUUUUUCUUUUUUUCAUCUGAUAUGUUGUGUUUCAAGCAGAUAAGUUAAUACUUGAACUGUUGUCAAGUGUUUGUAAGCAAAGAAUGUACAUAUAUAUAUAUAUAUAAUUUGUAUCACGUUGAAUGCAGGCAUAUGGAGUUGAGUAAUGAAAUAUUCAGGCACAAUCAAAUAAAAUGUGUCUGGCAGAAACCUGUACAUAUAUAACAAUAUCUAUACGUUUUUAUUUUAUAUUUAACUCCUAUGUGCAAAGCCAACGUUUAUCUGAGCUGCUGAGGUUGUUUUUAUUAAAAAAAAAAAAAAAAAAAAAUCUCGUAUAGCACGAAGAAACAUGCCUACCUUUCAUUAAUUUUACAUAACCCCACUGGUCUAUUUAAUUUUAGCAUGGCACUGUUUUAGCAUUUGUGAAGCAGUGCUACUUUUCAGUCAACUUUUGAUUCGUUUUGGAAAUGGACAUUGAAUUCUUUUAUUUAUUUUCUUUCCUUAAUUUAUUUUUAACUUUGUUUUUGAGGGGUUUUUGUGUGUGUGGUUUUUGUUUUGUGUUCCUUUGUCACUCUAAAGGGUCUUUGCAGCUCCCAGAUUUACUGUGAUGCUGUAAGAUUAAAGGUUACCUAUCAAUACCGGGCCAUGGCUAUUCCCUUUACCUUAACACUGCUGGCAGCGUAGAUUCUGUGUCUAGGUGUAAUAGAACAAUUUAUUUUGCAUUCAUUAAACUCGAAGUUUUGAGAGAGAGAAAAGUUAGUGCUCCAACUUCUUUUUAAGCCCUGACAUCUUGCUUUUGUAAUUUUCUCUUUUAACCCACUUUUUUAUGUUUUGAACUGCUUUUUUUUAUGUUAUCCUAGAAUAAGUUUACAAACCAAAAUACUUACUCAUUCACAUUCCACUUAAAACACA